AUGGCCGGGGUGCCCUGCACAAUGCGGGCCCGGCGGGGCCGCCAUAAGCAACGAUACGGGCCCAGCAAGGAGAGACUGGUGGCUGGAUGCAUCCCGAUGCGGUACAAUGGGGACGGAUGCAGGGUCGAGGAGGUAGAGGUGCUGCUGGUGACCAGGAGAUGUGGCAGCGGCUGGGUCUUCCCGAAGGGUGGCUGGGAGCGCGACGAGCAGACGCCCGAACAAGCUGCUUUGAGGGAGACUGUUGAGGAGGCUGGGGUAAUGGGAGAGAUAGAGGGGCCAGGUUUGGGCGAAUUCCCCUUUUUGAGUCGGAAACGGGGAGUGGUCGAUCCAACCAAUGGACAGUGCCUGGCAUACAUGUAUGUCUUGAGGGUUGAGGAGCAGCUUGACGAAUGGCCUGAGGCGCAUGAGAGGCAACGAUGUUGGUUUUCAUUGCGCGAGGUAUGCGACAGGUGCGUCCAGACGUGGAUGCGCAAAGCAUUGUGUGUCUGGGUCAAGCGCAGAGGGUGGGAUGACAUCUCCCUUCUCUUGGAGCUGCCCCCACCUCUUGAACCAAGGCAGUCCAGUGGCCUACUUAACAACGAAAAUGGGGCUGUAUGA